CAAAUUUAUGGCCCAACAACAAGCAGCGUGCAUUCCGACCGCAUCUAACAGCAGAAGCUGUAUUUCGUAUCGGACAAUACGUGCGAACGUUGGCACGUCAUCUGAUAUUUCCACUGUUGAUAUCUCACUCGAUCGUGGAAGUGCAGGGGGCCGCCUCAGGAACUGGAGACUCAGGAAGGCCCAAGAGUAUAUGUAUGAGCAGCAAUCGAGCUCAGAAAGCACAGGGAAUUUGAGCCAAAGCCAUCGGACUCAAACCCAAGUCGAGCUUGAGUUUGACUGGCAGAGCUCAUCAGCGGCAAGUUUCGCAGCGGCUGCCAGUUUGAUCAUUCUCGGCAAUCAUGGCAGACAUCGAGACGACGCCGGCUGCUGACUCUGCCGUCAAGAAGGCCCUGAUUUCCGGAAUCACGGGACAGGACGGCUCGUACUUGACAGAGUUCCUGUUGGCGAAGGGCUAUGAAGUUCACGGCAUCAUCCGCCGCUCGUCCAACUUCAACACGCAGCGGCUCGAGCACAUCUACAUCGACCCGCACAAGUCCAGCGCUCGCAUGAAGCUGCACUACGGCGACCUGACGGACGCAUCCGCUCUGCGGAAGUGGGUCGACAGCAUCCGCCCGGACGAGGUUUACAAUCUGGGAGCGCAGUCGCACGUCGGCGUGUCGUUCGAGAACCCCGACUACACGGCGGACGUGGUUGCCACGGGCGCACUGCGGCUGCUGGAAGCGGUCCGCGUCCACAUCGAGACCACGGGCAGGCAAGUGAAGUACUACCAGGCCGGGUCGUCCGAGAUGUACGGAGCCACGCCGCCUCCCCAGGACGAGAGCACUCUGUUCCAUCCCCGCAGUCCGUACGCAGUUUCGAAGGUGGCCGCUCACUGGUACACCGUGAACUACCGCGAGGCGUAUGGCCUGUUCGCCUGCAACGGCAUCCUCUUCAACCACGAGUCGCCGCGCCGAGGCGAGAACUUCGUCACGCGCAAAAUCACCCGAGCCUUGGGACGGAUCAAGGUCGGCCUGCAGAGCAAGCUGUAUCUCGGGAACCUGAAGGCGUCCAGGGACUGGGGAUUCGCCGGCGACUACGUCGAGGCCAUGUGGCUCAUGCUGCAGCAGGAGAAGCCCGACGACUACGUGGUGGCCACCGAGGACUCGCACACGGUCGAGGAGUUCCUGGAGGAGUCGUUCGGCUACCUCGGGCUCAAGUGGCAGGACCACGUCGAGGUCGACCCGCGCUACUUCCGGCCCUCGGAGGUCGACAACCUGCGCGGCUCGUCCGCCAAGAUCCGCGAGCUGCUGGGCUGGAAGCCCAAGGUCGACUUCAAGCAGCUCGUGGCCAUGAUGGUCGACUCCGACCUCGAGGCCGCCAAGCGCGAGAAGGUCUUGGCAGACCACGGCCACAUCGCCGCCCAGCAGCAGCCUUGAACCGAGGCGAUCACCCAUCGAUCGUUCACCUCAUCAUCCGACUCAGACUUGACGCUCGCUCGCUCAUUCAUUCAUCUAUUCAUUCAUUGAUUCUUUCGUGAUCAGCUCGCAGUUCGUCGUGAGAAUUGCGAGCUCUGCUGGAGUGAUUACGCCCGUAGAAGACUCGUUAGGCUGUAUCGUCCAUAUCAUUCGGUCGGCUACCAGUUGAGUGAUAGUUAGUCACGUAGCAGUAGAGAAAUGCUCCUCGCUCUCUUUGAACUUCUUCGGCCACGAGCACGUCCAGGACUACAGGGAAGGAGGUUUCGUAGCUAGUCAAACACAAAACACUUUCGGAGCAACUAUUCCAUAAACCAUUCUUUUUGGAAUAAUUUUUCCAGAUCUAGAUAGUCGGGUCGACAUUGUUCCCCGCUCCCUUGUACUGGAACUGAAUUUAGAUUAUCCACCAAUUUCAGUCAGGCUCUUCCAAUCUGGAACAUCACUUGGGGUUUAUUUGCAUGGUUGGAGCACUCCUGUACUUAGAAUUGUCGCAUCACCGAGGGACUACCAGACACAACGCAGAUGUUGUGAGAAUGUUUCGCCGCUUGAAGCCUGCUGAAGAACGUGCUCUUUUACAUGUUGUUUGCUAGCUCGAUCAUCAUUAAAGCCACAGACUCAGUCCAUUUUUUUGGACGAGUUUUAUGCCCAC